AUACUGGGCUAGAUGGACCUUUGGUCUGACCUGGUCCGGCCGUUCUUAUGUGCUGGGGGGAGGGGCAGGGGCGCUCUCCCCUGUCAGUCAGUGCUGGCCCCAGGGCCCCACCGCGAUGCUGGGGGCACCGUGCUCCAUGCACCUGCCCUCCCCUGACACCAGGGAGCCCUAGUGCUAAUGUCACAGCCCGGGAGCCGGGGGCUGCACUGCUGGGGGAAGCGCUGAGACUCCCUCCCCCGGGGUGGGGAUCAGCCCCCCUGGGUGGCCGGUGCUGACGCCCGUCUCCCCGCAGUGGAGAACAUGCUCUCCCAGGUGGCCUUCUACCAGCGCACGGACCCGGCCCAGCGGGAGGCUGGGGAGUUCAUGUUCGAGUUCGACCAGGACGAGAUCUUUUAUGUGGACCUGGAGAGGAAGGAGACCGUCUGGCGCCUGCCUGACUUCGGCAAGUUCAGCAGCUUCGAUGCGCAGGGCGCCCUGGGCAACAUCGCGGUGCUGAAGAAGAGCAUGGAGAUCAUAAUGCAGAGGUCCAACCGCACAC